AACAAAGCCGUGGCCGGAGACUCGCGCACGGGUCGCCGUCCCUCGCCUACCCCGUCCCUGGCCCCUCCCGUCCCCGGUGGCUGCGGCUGCGCGCGUCAUCCCACCUCGCACAGCAGGACGGUAGGUGGAGACGCUAGUCUCGAGCCUCACCGCACCUCACCUCACCAACCACAGUAGCAGCGCGCGGCGCAGAGAGACUAGCGCUAGAAUGGCGGCGCCUUCGUCCCUCGCCUCCUCCCACCUCUCCCGCCUCGCCGACCUCCGCCGCGCGGCGGCGGCCGCUCCCGCCACCCCUCAGCAGCUCCGCCUCGGGUGCUCCCGCCGCCGCGCGCAGCGCGUCGUCGCCAUGGCCGGAUCCGGCAAGUUCUUCGUGGGGGGCAACUGGAAGUGCAAUGGAACAAAGGACUCCAUUAGCAAGCUUGUCUCUGACUUGAAUGCUGCUACACUCGAAUCUGAUGUAGAUGUUGUGGUAGCACCUCCAUUCAUUUAUAUCAAUCAGGUCAAGAAUUCACUAAAUGAUCGCAUUGAGGUAUCCGCUCAGAAUGUAUGGAUUGGAAAAGGAGGAGCCUACACUGGAGAGAUCAGUGCAGAACAGUUGGUGGACAUCGGCUGCCAAUGGGUUAUUCUUGGGCACUCGGAACGUAGACAUAUUAUUGGUGAAGAUGAUGAGUUUAUUGGGAAGAAGGCUGCAUAUGCAUUGAGCCAAAAUGUUAAGGUUAUUGCCUGCAUAGGAGAGCUGUUGGAAGAGAGGGAAGCAGGGAAAACUUUUGAUGUAUGUUUUAAGCAGAUGAAGGCUUUUGCAGAUAGUAUUUCAAACUGGGCCGAUGUGGUAAUUGCAUAUGAGCCCGUUUGGGCUAUUGGAACUGGAAAAGUUGCUACUCCUGAACAAGCCCAAGAAGUUCAUGCUGCUGUACGCAGUUGGUUGAAAACCAAUGUAUCACCUGAUGUUGCUUCUAGCAUUCGAAUAAUUUACGGCGGUUCUGUAAAUGCAGCCAAUUGUGCAGAGCUAGCAAAGAAAGAAGAUAUUGAUGGCUUUCUUGUUGGCGGUGCCUCUUUGAAGGGUCCGGAUUUUGCCACCAUUAUCAACUCAGUGACUUCCAAGAAAGUUGCAGCCUGAUGCACCCUGUUAGAAAUAAAUGAUCAGAGAGGCAGCUCGGCUGCCAUAUGUAAAGCCUGAGGGAGGUGCUCCGUGUGAUCGUGUGCACUCACCUCCUGGUUUUACUGAUUUGUAGCACGAAGAAAAAUAAUGCAAGAUGUCACCAUCUUUUUUUUCUCCUCGUAGACCUUUUGUUCGUGACGGGAGUUAAUUUGUACGUGAGCGAGUGGUCAGUAACACAGGUUAAAUAAUAUACGCUGCCAUCCUUUGUAAUGUCGUGCUGUGAUCCUUUCAAAAUCGAUAGUCAAGGAAAGAUAAUAAUCGCAAUGAUUGAGGAACCUAUAUAUAAUCCAGGAUCUUGUCUUUCUUGCGUGAAGAA